AUGUUCUCCAGGAAGAGCCAUGCCGAUGUCAGGAAAUCCACCCAGAAGGCGCUGGACCCCAAGCGGGAUGUACUCACCCGCCUCAAGCACCUUCGGGCGCUGUUGGAUAUUGUGGAUGGAAGUGAGCUGAAGCAAUUUUUUGAGAACAAUUAUUCUCAAAUUUAUUUUAUAUUCUAUGAAAACUUCAUAACACUGGAAAAUAGCUUGAAACAAAAAGGGAAUAAAUCACAAAGGGAGGAGCUGGACUCCAUUCUCUUUCUUUUUGAAAAAAUAUUGCAGCUACUACCUGAGAGGAUUUUUUAUCGAUGGCAUUUUCGCAGUAUAGGGUCAAUUCUGAAGAAGCUUUUGCACACUGGAAAUUCUCUCAAGAUAAGAUGUGAAGGAAUCCGACUGUUUCUCCUCUGGCUUCAGGCACUUCAGACUAACUGUUUGGAAGAGCAGAUAUUAAUAUUUGCAUGCCUUGUGCCUGGCUUUCCACCCAUUAUGUCCUCACGAGGUCUCUGUACACUAGACAACCUCAUUAGUCCUCCUAAUUCCCCAGAUGCUAAGAUUUUUCCAGAAGAAAUAACUCCACUUUUGCCAGCUGUCUCUGGAGAGAAGAUUGCUGAAGACCAAACAUGCUAUUUUCUUCAGCUGCUAUUAAAAUACAUGGUACUUCAGGCUGCAAGCUUAGAAUGGAAGAAUAAGGAGAACCAAGACACUGGAUUUAAAUUUCUCUUCGCCUUGUUUAGAAAAUAUUACCUUCCUCACUUGUUUCCGUCCUUUACAAAGCUCACCAACCUCUACAAACCUGUUCUUGAUGUUCCAGAUGUCAGACCAAGACCAGUGUACGUUACUACAACACGAAACAAUGAUAAUGUCUACAGCACAAAGAUCCCAUACAUGGCAGCUCGAGUUGUUUUUAUCAAGUGGCUCGUUACCUUCUUCCUUGAAAAGAAAUAUUUAACUGCUGCCCAGAACACAAAAAACGGAGGAGAAAUGCUCCCUAAAAUUAUUCAGACUGUUGGUGGUGUCAGCCAAGAUAAAAGUGCAGAGCUGGAGAGCAGCAUGCCUUACGCUGGUGAGCCAGAGAGAAGCCACUCUAACAGCAGCACCUUGUCCGACAGAAGGCUCAGCAAUUCCAGCCUCUGCAGCAUCGAGGAGCAGCAUCGCAGUGUCUAUGAGAUGGUGCAGAGAAUCCUCCUGUCCACUCGAGGAUAUGUGAACUUUGUUAAUGAGGUGUUUCGACAGGCUUUUUUGUUGCCACCUUCUGAUGUAUCUGCCACACGCAAAGUGGUUAAGGUGUAUCGGAAGUGGAUACUGCAAGAGAAGCCUGUGUUCAUGGAGGAGCCAGACAAGAAGGAAGACAGCCAGGAUGCUGUGGUCACCUUGGAGGAUUCAGUAGUGCAAACAGAUGGUAAACAUCUUUCCUCUGACCAUUCAGGACAUAAGCGCUCAUCCAGCUGGGGAAGAACCUACUCCUUUACCAGUGCUGUUAACAGAGGAUGUGUGUUAGAAGAAGAGGACAAAAAUGUUAAAGCUGGAGCUCAAGCUGCCUUACAGGUGUUCUUGACAAACUCUGCAAAUGUUUUCUUACUGGAGCCAUGUGUUGAAGUCCCUGUGCUUCUCAAGGAGCAAGUGGAUGCCUGCAAAGCAGUGCUGAGUAUCUUCAGGCGCAUGAUAAUGGAACUGUCCAUGAAUAAGAGGACGUGGGAGCAGAUGUUACAGAUACUCCUUAGAAUAACAGAAGCUGUGAUGCAGAAGCCAAAAGAGAACCAGAUGAAGGAUACAUUUGCUCAAAGCAUGUCAGGAUUACUUUUCCGAACCCUCAUCGUGGCUUGGAUCAGAGCAAACCUGAGUGUUUACAUCUCCAGGGACCUGUGGGAUGAGCUGCUCAGUGUUCUGUCUGCCCUGACAGACUGGGAGGAGCUCAUAAAUGAGUGGGCCAAUAUUAUGGACUCUCUGACAGCAGUGCUAGCAAGAACUGUGUAUGGGGUAGAAAUGACCAAUUUACCCUUGGAUAAGCUCAGUGAACAGAAAGAAAAAAAGCAGAGAGGCAAAGGUGGCAUUUUAGAGCCUCAGAAGACAGCUGUAGUGGGAAGAUCUUUUUCAUUAAGCUGGAAAAGUCAUCCUGAAGUUGUGGAGCCAAUGAGAUUCAGAAGUGCUACAACCUCUGGAGCCCCAGGAGUUGAGAAAGCAAGAAACAUUGUUCGUCAGAGAGCAACAGAAGUUGAAGAAUCUCAGCAGCUGGAAAAUUCAACAGGAACAGAAACUGCAGGCCUGUUUGCAGACCAAGAGCAGCAGCUGACUCGAAGCAGCAGCACUUCAGAUAUCACAGAUCAGUUUCCAUCUGAUUUUUUCCAAGGUAAAAAGGCUGGAAGUUCUUAUAAUUUAACUUCAGACUCCAAAUCAGCUCAGGAAAAUAAGGGAUAUACAACGAAGGAACAUGAAGCUGAGCAAGCACUGGAAGGAAGAAGCAGCAGUACAGCUGAAUUAGAUUUGAAAGCAGACUUGCAGCAAUCGUAUGGAAAUUACACAGAGAGAGAAAAAAGUGCAAGUGUUAGCAGCGACACAUGGGUUGGCUAUAACAAUGAGGUGGAGAUCGCGCUCAUGCCCUGGCAAGCUUCUGAAGAGGACCAUGAAGUUAAUGCCUCAGAAGAUGUUUGUGUGGAUGCUGAUGCACCUCGCUGGCUUCAGCUUAGUCCUUCAGAUACUGCAAAUUUAACAGACAGCAGUGAAUUCCUUGCUGAUGACUGCAGUAUAAUUGCUGGUGGAAGCCUCGUCGGUUGGCAUCCUGAUUCUGCUGCUGUGUUAUGGAGGAGAGUCCUGGGAAUUCUUGGGGAUGUGAACAAUAUUCAGUCACCUAAAAUCCAUGCAAAAGUUUUUGGCUACCUUUACGAGUUGUGGUAUAAACUUGCCAAGAUACGGGACAACCUUGCUAUAAGUGUGGACAAUCAGUCUACUCCCUCUCCUCCUGUCCUAAUUCCUCCUCUCAGGAUAUUUGCCUCAUGGUUGUUCAAGGCAACCACCCUGCCAAAUGAAUACAAGGAGGGCAAGCUCCAGGCUUACAGGCUGAUCUGUGCUAUGAUGACUCGGCGUCAAGAUGUUCUGCCCAAUUCUGAUUUCCUGGUUCAUUUUUAUUUUGUGAUGCACCUUGGCUUAACAAGUGAAGACCAGGAUAUCUUAAACACCGUGAUAAAGCACUGCCCACCUUGGUUUUUCUUCCUGGGCUUACCUGGCUUCACGAUGCUGAUUGGAGACUUCAUUACAGCAGCAGCCAGGGUGCUGAGCACAGACAUGCUGGAGGCCCCCCGUUCAGAAGCUCACACCAUCCUUGGCUCUCUGGUUUGCUUUCCCAAUAUCUACCAAGAAAUCCCCAUCCUGCGGCCCAUUUCGGAAGCCGGCGAGAUCGUCGCAGGGACUGCGGACGUGAAGUGUUACCUCAUAAAUAUUUUAUUGAAGAAUGCUACAGAGGAGCCAAGUGAAGCUGCAAGAUGCAUAGCCAUUUGUGGCCUGGGAGUCUGGAUCUGUGAAGAGCUAACACAGUGCACAAACCACCCUCAGGUGAAGGAAGCAAUCAAUGUCAUAGGUGUGACACUGAAGUUUUCUAAUAAACUGGUAGCUCAGGUAGCCUGUGAUGUUCUUCAGCUGCUGGUGUCUUACUGGCAAAAGCUUCAGAAGUAUGAAUCCUCCCUGUCCAGAAAAAUUACUGAGAUCCUUGUGGCUACUAUUGCAUUUCUUUUGCCAAGUGCUGAAUACUCCUCUGUGGAAGCAGAUAAAAAGUUUAUAGUUUCACUGCUGCUUUGCUUGCUGGAUUGGUGUAUGGCCUUACCCUUGAAAAUGCUACUGGAGCCAGUGUCUACUGGUGUUCUUGAAGAUCAACAGGCAUCCAAAGCUCCUCUACUGGACUACAUUUACAGAGUCCUGCACUGUUGUGUUAAUGGCUCCAGCACAUACACUCAGCAAAGCCACUAUGUGCUGAGUCUGGCAGAUCUCUCCUCCAGUGAUUACGACCCCUUUUUGCCACUGGGGAAUGUCAAGAGCUCUGAGCCAGCCCAGUGCCACUCUUCCACUGAUCUGGGCAACCUGCUCACUGUCGCUGAGGAGAAAAGAAGAAGGAAUUUGGAGUUGAUACCUUUAACGGCUCGGAUGGUGAUGACUCACCUGGUGAAUCACCUCAGCCACUACCCGCUCAGCGGAGGCCCUGCCAUCCUCCACAGUCUCCUCAGUGAGAACCACGACAACUCCUACGUGGAGUCCUCUGAGCUCUCCUCAGAAGUCUUCCGGAGUCCCAACCUGCAGCUCUUUGUGUUUAAUGACAGCACUCUCAUAUCAUACCUCCAGAUCCCUGCUGAGAAGACAACGGCCACUGAGCCCACAGCAGCCCCCUCGGACGUCAGGGUGAUCGUCAGAGAUAUCUCAGGGAAGUACUCUUGGGAUGGCAGAAUAUUGUAUGGACCUUUGGAGGGCUGCCUUCCACGGCAGAGCGCAGCCAACCCGUUUGUGAUUUCAGGCAGCAGCCCUGAGCAGCAUUUCAUUUCCCAGAGGGAUGUUUCUCAGGUGGAGGAAGGAGAAGAUGCUCUUGACCAAUUGCUGGAGAAGAUUGGUAACACCAGUCCCGAGUGCCUUUUGCAUCCCCAGCGGAAGCUGAACGAGCCAGCGCCGCCACCCUUUGGGAUGAGCUACGAGCAGGAGUAUGCUAUCACUGAAGCCCUGAUGAGGCAGAGUGCCCAGGAGAAAGAGCACAUGCUGAAGUACAACUCAGACUGCAGUAUGAAGGUGGCUCGUCAGGAAGAACCACGUCCUUCUGAGCCUCAAGCGUCCUUUUAUUUCUGUCGGCUGUUGCUAAACGACUUGGGAAUGAACUCCUGGGACAGAAGAAAAAGCUUUCAUCUGCUGAAGAAAAACUCCAAGUUGCUGCGAGAACUGAAAAAUCUGGAUUCCCGCCAAUGCCGUGAAACUCACAAGAUUGCUGUGUUCUACAUCGCAGAAGGCCAGGAGGAUAAGUGCUCCAUACUCUCCAAUGCCAGGGGAAGCCAGGCCUAUGAGGAUUUUGUGGCUGGAUUGGGCUGGGAGGUUGACCUCUCAACCCACGGUGGGUUUAUGGGUGGCCUGCAGCGCAAUGGCAGCACAGGACAAACAGCUCCCUAUUAUGCUACCUCUACUGUGGAGAUCAUUUUCCACGUGUCCACAAGAAUGCCAUCAGACUCAGACGACUCACUGACCAAAAAGCUUCGUCACUUGGGAAAUGAUGAGGUUCACAUUGUCUGGUCUGAGCACACCCGGAACUACCGCAGAGGCAUUAUACCAACGGAUUUUGGAGAUGUUCUAAUUGUUAUUUAUCCCAUGAAGAACCACAUGUUUUUCAUAGAGAUCAUGAAGAAACCUGAGGUGCCAUUUUUCGGUCCUCUCUUUGAUGGAGCCAUCGUGACUGCAAAGCUGCUGCCAAGCCUGAUAUGUGCCACGUGUAUCAAUGCCAGCAGAGCUGUCAAGUCACUCAUCCCACUCUACCAGAGCUUCUACGAGGAGCGAGCUCUGUAUCUCGAAGCAAUAAUCCAGAACCACAAAGAAGUAAUGACAUUCGAGGAUUUUGCCGCUCAGGUCUUUUCUCCCUCUCCCAGCUACUCCCUCAGUGGAACUGAUUAGAGCUUGUAACGGUCUCGUUACGGUAAUUGCCGCA